UUCAGUUGUGAAGACGCUUCUGUAAUCUUCGCUGAAAACCAGAGACAUAAACGCUUUUCAACACUUUGAACGCGAAGCUGAAGUGAAAUAGUUGUUUAACUCUUCAGCGUUUAUUGUUUUCUCAGCAUUUAAAGUCUCUGUGUUCGUUUAAACUCGGUUUGUUGGUGUUUAAACAUCUGAGACGGCUGACAGGAUGAUGCCUUCAGCGACUGAAAACAAACAUCGUGGAAGGAAGAGAAAAGCUGAAGAAGCUUUUUAUGAUGAUGAGGAGACCGAGCCGGCCCCAAAACGAAUGAAACAUCAGACUGAUUCUGAGUCAGCUCCUCUCCCGGGGCCGUCGACAAUCAUGCAAGCCACCAAUAUUUCACCUGCCCCAGAAACUGCUGACGAUGAAGCACCAUCUGGAAUAAAUCCUGAUGACCCCAUGCCAGGACUUCUCUUUGGAUUUGGAGUAACUCCUGAUGAACAUCAUGCAAGUAAGAGAAACGCUGAAGAAGCUUUUUAUGAUGAUGAGGAGACCGAGCCGACCCCAAAACGAAUGAAACAUCUGACUGAUUCUGAGUCAGCUUCUCUCCCGGGGCCGUCGACAAUCAUGCAAGCCACCAAUAUUUCACCUGCCCCAGAAACUGCUGACGAUGAAGCACCAUCUGGAAUAAAUCCUGAUGACCCCAUGCCAGGACUUCUCUUUGGAUUUGGAGUAACUCCUGAUGAACAUCAUGCAAGUAAGAGAAACGCUGAAGAAGCUUUUUAUGAUGAUGAGGAGACCGAGCCGACCCCAAAACAAAUGAAACAUCAGACUGAUUCUGAGUCAGCUCCUCUCCCGGGGCCGUCAACAAUCAUGCAAGCCACCAAUAUUUCACCUGCCCCAGAAACUGCUGACGAUGGAGCUGUCGCAGGACCAUCAGGUAUAAAUCCAGCACCUCGUCCUGUUGAUCCAGUGCCAAGACCUUUGUCACCAUCUCCUGACGAAGAAAAUGGUGACGCUGCCCCAGAACCGGAACAGGAAAUAAAUCCAGCACCGCGUCUUGCUGAUGUUUUGAUAGACAUUCCCUUUCCAGACCGAUAUCUUACUGAUGAACGUGUCACCAACCGAUAUCAAGUGCUUCCGGAAGAGGUGCUUGAACACGGACGACGUGCAAUGGCUUUCGCUGCAGUUCGCAGAAUUGAUGGGAGACAGGUGGUGCUCAAAUGUGUUCCUGAAGAUUUCACUGAAUCACGCGAAGAUCCACAUUCCACAUCAUAUAAACGCAGUGCGUUCGGGUGUCGUGUGCCUGUAUACAAGGAAAUAAGCAUCAUGCUACAGCUGCAGCAUUCGCCUCCGCCGUGCCCUCAUGUGAUAAACAUGCUCGACUGGUUUGAGUUUCCAGAUGGAUAUGUAGUGGUCCUCGAGAGGUUGUCAGAACCCUGGGUGAAGCUGGAAACAUUUAUCCAAGAGAACGGUGGUCAACUGAGUGAAAGAGUCGCCCAGGCCAUCAUGCGCCAGUUGCUGCAGACUUUCGAUUACUUCAUUCAUGUUGGAGUGCAGCACUGUGACGUCUGGACAAAUAACAUCAUGAUCAACAGAGAGACCCUGGACAUAAAGCUCAUCAGCUUUGGUAGCAGCAGUCCCUGCUUUCUUUUUAAUAUGGAGGGAACUCAAGCCCGCCAGCCGUUUUACCAGGAUCAUUUUUAUCGACUGGACUUCAACUAUCACCACCUCAGGGCUCUGUUUUGUUUAUUUGAAAGGAUGUUUGACUUGAGAAAGUUACACGGAGGGCAGGUGAACGCCUUGAGAACCCGUGGAGCAUCUAGAGAAUGCAGAGACUUCUACUUAACGUGUGAAAGAGUCAUUAAUACGGAUCUUGGGGAUCUCCUAAAUCAUCCCUGGAUAACAAAUGAUGAAUGGACGUCAGACUAGAUGCCAGACGAGACGCGUAGGACUCGUUCGGCAUUCAGGAAACUCUCAUCUGUUUUUUAGUGAGGGACAGGUAACUGGUAAGUUAAAUCAUCUGUCAGUUCAGUGACAUAUCACUUAUUUACACUGCAAAAAAUGCCCUUCUUGAAACAAGCAAGAAGCACUUAAAUCUGGUAAAAGUGUAAACUCAAGCAAAAAUCUGCCAAUGGGAUAAGCAAAACUGACUUGGUAAGAAUUCUUGUCAGUUUUUGCUUUGAAGCUAGAAUAUUUGAACUUAUAUCGUGACACUGGGCUGCACAGUGGCUCGGUGGUUAGCACUGUUGCCUCACAGCAAGAAGGUCACCGGUCCAAGCCCCGGCUGGCACGGGAGGCCUUCUUUCUGUGUGGAGUUUUCAUGUUCUCCCUGUGUCAGCGUGGGUUUACUCCGGGUACUCCGGUUUCCUCCCACAGACCAAAGACAUGCAGGUUAGGUUAAUUGAAGAAUGAAACAAUAAAUAAACCUAGACACUAAAAUUGCAUGCGGGUCUUAAAACUAGACAUAAAACGCUUAAACCAGUGGUGUAGCCACGGGUGUGCCAGGCUGUGCAUUUUGACCCACAGUGGCAGCUGGCACACCUAAAAAAAUUAGUCCUACAUUUUUUUUCUAAAUGUGGGCUAUUGUUGGUCACUUACUAUAUUUGUUUAUUUAAAGUGUCAUUUAAAUUAUUUUUUUUUAAAAUAUCUGCCGACAUUCCGACUGCCAACCAAUCCGCAAACAGCCGCUGACUGUGACGUGACCCCAGCAUCUUGGACACUUUUCCCGCUCAUUCUAAACAAACAGAGAUCUUGACUAAACCUUGCUAGCUAGCAAUAACAAACGCGUUUUCAGAGUGACUCCUAUGGAAUAAUGAAGGCUGCUGCCUCUCCUCCUUGCUGCCUGGAUCAGACGCGUUUGGCCAGAUGGAAAUAUUACAGGGACCGAGCAAGCACUAUAAACUUGAAGUGGAAAGUCCUGAACUUACAAUAUUUGUGCAAUUGCUCAAAUGUUUCGACUCGUGAUAACGACGUUUUCCCCAACAUGAACAGUUUACUAUUGUUUUGAUCACAUCGCCUGUUACAAGUUGUUCUGUGAAGCGCUUGUUUCAGCUGUGCAUUUUGACGUUUCGCAUCAGAAACGAGUGAUGGAAGCACCAAACUUUGAAAUUAAAACCCUUAAAUUAAUUUUCAAAAAAGUUUUUACGCUCAAAAUUGGUGAGUUUAAUGUUCGCUACUUCAUAAUUUAUUUGGCAAAGUAUAGUAAGUAUAGUUUUACAGAUCAGUUUUACACCCAGUCUGUCCUGUAAUGAUAGUCAUACGCAGAGUCAGGGUUUUUAGCACAUUCGUAUGACAGUAAAUUAGGGAUGUGCACGAAUGUUCGAAUAUUCGAUCCGCAAUAAUUAUUUGAAUAUUAUAAAUGCUAUUUGAAUAUUCAUAUUUUUCAUAAGAAUAAAAGACUGCGUCACCACAGGGUUAGAAUUGUCUUGUCUUAUUUAACGCUUCUUCAGUUAAUUUGUAAUGACUUUAAUAUACAGAAAAUAUAAAAAAUCGUUUGUAUGUGUUCCUAGAUCUUUGUUCAGUCAGAUCGCAGGCUAGUUGUAAAUAUUUAAGUUCACACACGGCGGCCUGAUGGAUCGCGUGUUAUGCUCGGCUCAUGUGUUAUACAUCACCAUAUUAAAAUGUUUUAAAAACAUGAGCCACAUAAUUUGUUAACAUUACUUAUAUAUAAGUUGGUAUAAAAAUACCAACGUAAUAUUAAAUGAUUCAAUGAUUAAUUUGUUUAUUACCAUAACUUGUUCGUAGCUGUUGUUCGUUCGUUAGAA